CCGUCGCCACUGCCCGCGCGCCGUCGCCCCGGCCCCGCCCCGCCCCCCGAAAGCCGAGGGCUGUCGGCCGUGGUGGUUUGUCAGCGCGCGUCUCCUUACCGGCUUGUUUACUACCAUGCCGCUGUACGAGGGCCUGGGGAGCGGCGGAGAGAAAACGGCGGUCGUGAUAGACCUGGGAGAGGCUUUUACCAAGUGUGGAUUUGCUGGAGAAACUGGUCCAAGAUGCAUAAUUCCUAGUGUGAUAAAAAAAGCUGGCAUGCCUAAGCCUAUCAAAGUUGUACAAUAUAAUAUCAAUACAGAAGAAUUAUAUUCCUACCUAAAGGAAUUCAUCCACAUACUGUAUUUCAGGCAUCUGUUGGUGAAUCCCAGAGACCGCAGAGUUGUGGUUAUUGAGUCGGUAUUAUGUCCUUCCCACUUCAGAGAGACACUCACUCGUGUUCUUUUCAAGUAUUUUGAGGUUCCAUCUGUCUUGCUUGCUCCAAGUCAUCUAAUGGCUCUUCUUACACUUGGGAUAAACUCUGCCAUGGUCCUGGAUUGUGGAUAUAGGGAAAGCCUGGUGUUACCUAUAUAUGAAGGAAUCCCAGUACUAAAUUGUUGGGGAGCACUCCCCCUAGGAGGAAAAGCUCUUCACAAGGAGUUGGAAACUCAACUAUUGGAACAAUGUACUGUUGACACAGGUGCUGCUAAAGAACAGAGCCUUCCCUCUGUGAUGGGUUCAAUUCCAGAAGGUAUCUUGGAGGACAUUAAAGUGCGCACUUGCUUUGUUAGUGAUCUGAAGCGUGGACUAAAAAUCCAAGCAGCAAAAUUUAAUAUUGAUGGGAAUACUGAGCGUCCCUCACCACCCCCAAAUGUUGACUACCCAUUAGAUGGAGAGAAGAUUUUACAUGUCCUUGGAUCAAUCAGAGAUUCGGUUGUGGAAAUCCUUUUUGAACAAGAUAAUGAAGAGAAAUCAGUUGCCACUUUAAUAUUGGAUUCCCUUAUGCAGUGCCCAAUAGACACUAGGAAGCAACUAGCAGAGAAUUUGGUAGUCAUAGGUGGCACGUCUAUGUUGCCAGGAUUCCUCCACAGACUACUUGCAGAAAUAAGGUAUUUGGUAGAAAAACCAAAAUAUAAAAAAACACUUGGCACCAAGACGUUCCGAAUUCAUACUCCACCUGCAAAGGCUAAUUGUGUAGCCUGGUUGGGAGGAGCUAUUUUUGGAGCACUGCAAGACAUACUUGGGAGCCGUUCAGUCUCAAAGGAAUAUUAUAACCAGACAGGCCGUAUACCUGAUUGGUGUUCUCUUAAUAACCCACCUUUGGAAAUGAUGUUUGAUGUCGGGAAGGCUCAACCACCUCUGAUGAAGAGAGCAUUUUCCACUGAGAAAUGAAAGUUUGAUUAAAAUUCAGCUUUGCUUCAUUUCAAAUAUCUCAUCAAUUACAAGCAAACUGUACAAAGUAUAUAGGAUGGUGUUAGAGACGACUUUAGUAGAAGUGAAAGCGUUUCUGUAAUUAUACUUCACAUUAGUAUUUAAUCAUUUUGCCUUUGGUGUAAUGGUAGCUGAUGCUUAUUGAAAUUAGUUGUAUUUAUAUCAAUAAACUAUAGUAAAGCAGUUAA